UCUUCAAUUUUCCUCUUGAGUCCUUUCUCUGCAGCUAAACCCCUACGGCUUUCGGUUCCAGAAACUUCGCUCAUCGAUUCAGGAGAAAAGUACAGGAGCUAAAGGGGUAGGGAUAGAGCGAGUUCAUCUCCAUCUAGUUAGUGUCAAAGCUGAUGAAUCAAAGUUGUUUUGGAGAACUCUGUAACUGAUGGUUAAGACGUCACUGUUAGAAAUAUGGCCAAGCAUCAUCCUGAUUUGAUCAUGUGCCGGAAGCAGCCAGGAAUAGCUAUUGGUCGACUUUGUGAGAAAUGUGAUGGGAAGUGUGUGAUUUGUGAUUCAUACGUCCGUCCUUGCACACUUGUCCGAGUUUGUGAUGAAUGCAACUAUGGAUCCUUUCAAGGCCGUUGUGUCAUCUGUGGUGGUGUUGGUAUUUCUGAUGCUUACUAUUGCAAGGAAUGUACUCAGCAGGAGAAAGAUAGGGAUGGCUGUCCAAAGAUAGUCAAUCUUGGUAGUGCCAAGACUGAUCUGUUUUAUGAACGUAAAAAAUAUGGUUUCAAGAAGAGAUGAAAGUCGGAUACCUCUUUCACCCUUCGGUGAAGUUCACUACUGGAGUUUCGUACUAGCAUGAUUGUGUCAAAAUUAGGCAUUUGAGUAUAGCCUAUGUAACUUACUCACUAUAUUGCCUUGGAACUUGCUGUAUUACAUACUGAUAUCACAGGUUUAACCCAUUGUAAUUUCGUUUUGUGCAAGGGUAUGCGCAACAGCAUGCCAACGCUAAUCGACUUUCAAUCUUGUCUCUUUUUGGUGUAAUUUGUGAAAAUUUUACUCCAGUUUA